ACUGCCAGGCAGGCGCAUUGGGCUAUGGCCAUUUCAAUAGCUGGCACGUAGGACCUGAUUAAAAGGGCUCUACGUAUGGGAUAUAUCAGAGUAUAGGUAACACAGAAAUUAUGUUUAAAUGUACACUUCAUCAAGGCAGACCUUUAUACUAUGUGUAGGUAAUAUGGAUUUUAGUAUUUAUUAUAGCUUCGUUAACUAUUUUUUGGUGUAUUAGCUAUACAGUUUUAUAUUUCAUCGCAGAGGUCCCGUUAUAGUAUGAAUCCAUGCAAAUGCCUAGAAUGCUCUAUUGCGAGCUGUGGAUAUUUUCAGCCUUAGUGACAACUAAAAUGUUCUGAUUUUCUACAAAAAGAAAACAAAAAAUUCCCCUGGUUAAGAAAUUUUGUAUUUUGGUGGAAAGAGAUUCAAUAAAGAAAAACGCGGGAAAAUUAUCGUAUUUUGUUUUAAUGUAAAUAAAAAAGUUAGUGUAGUGUACAAUUAUUUUUGCACAUUAAACUUACAAGGUCAAAUGGCAGCAGACGCGAAGAACGCGGGCUUCUGGGAAUGAGCAGUGAGACGGUGUACGUCGCCAUAGGCAUCGCCUGUGUUGUCGCCGUCCUGCUGUUCAUCGUCUUUAUUAUCUACUGUGUGAAACGUCACAAUGACAAACUGUACAACAGGCAGGCCAGGGAGCGGCGACAAAGGGAGGAGAGACAUAGGCGUCACCUUAUGAUGGGCCACUUAGUGAGGCCUCCACCUUAUGAUCCCAACGCUCCCUCGCUCACACUUCCCUUCAAUCGGGACCUGCCUUUCUCACCUCCGCCUGCCUAUAAAGAGGUGGCCACCCCCAUGCCGAGAAAUGGGACCAUUGUGGGACUUGGUGACCUACCUUACGGUCCUCCAGUUUACGAUUAUCCCAACGAUGACGUCAUACCAACAGUGUCCAGCCGAGUGCCUAAUAGUUACUACAACAGUUACCGUGGAAACGGGUACGACUACAGCAACAACAGGACCACCAACAUGAACCGCAUUAACUCACUGCAUGUGAGGCCGUUGACCAGCCCCUCCGCCCCGAUGAUCGUCCUCCCCCCAGAGACCAACAGGGAUCGCCCCACAUACUUCAGCGACAGCCAAAACAGGGAAAUAACUCUUGCGAACAGGCGAGAAGUGACUGGUGAGAAUAAUCGCAACGUGGUCAGGCAAUCUGGGGAUGAUACCCACGACCAGAGGGGCCAACAGCGUAGCGACGUGUCCUCCCAGUUGUCUUUCAGUCCCGAAGCGGUCCUAGCCCACAGCUACAACAGCGGGGGUGGCCCACCUUCGUCAAGAGUCCACAGGGAUUCUAACAACAACGCAGGCUACUCAACAUCUCGUUCGGUGUAUAACUCUUCUGCGCCUGCUCCACCAAAUACUUUGAGCGGAAAUGCUUUAUCUUCGCUUCAGAGGAGAUAAAUCUUUGCAAAGACUUCUGACACAUUUCAACGAAAAUUUAUGCAAUGAAAGACAUGACCCCAUAAUAAUAUGAUCUAGAAGUAGAAUACAUUAUAUUUCUCAGAAGAAAAAAAAAAGCGAUAAGUUAACAUCACCUCUACUCGGAAGUUGUGAUGAAAUUACACAGACCUAUAUAGCUCUAUGUGUAAUUAGGCCUAUUUAUUAUUAUUUUAAUAUGUGUGUGCAUUACUUUCAGAAAUCCACUUUCACAAUUGCAGAAACUUCUUAAAGGCUUUUGAAUGUUAAAUCUGUUUCAAAAUUCAGCGUGCACCAAACAAGGCCAGUCUUGAAUGUCUGUAAGAAUGAUCUCAAAAUGUCGGAGCUGCACAGGUGCCAUUAACCCUUUAAGUGCUGAGCUGUUUUACAGUGAGUGCAAACAAAAUGGAAUUACAAUUCUGAUGUUUAGAGGCUAAACUACCACACGCGUUUUAAGGGUUAACGUCUGGACAAAUUUUCUGUUGUCUCAAAGUCGGAUGGUUUUCCAUGAUUUAAAAAAAAAACUUCAACUCUUAUUUUAUAUGUACACCAUGCAAAGCACUGUUGUUGUAUUUUUCAAUAUGUAUAGGAAGAUAAGCACUAUUAUUUUAGGUACUCGAAAAAAACAACAUAUUCUUUGCAUUGAAAAGCAAUGUAGAUGAUGGGCAUACCAAGAUUGUUUCGAAUUCUACAGAACCUAGACCUACGCACAGACCAAAAUAUUUUUACAGUAUUAUAAAGUUUUAGAGGUGGAGACGUUGGAGAUCUUUCAACUUCAAAAUCGUUAAUGUGAGUUACAUUUCACAACUUGGCUUAGUGUAGGCUAUAUGCAAGAAUUCAUUUGCGAAAAGAACAGACAGAUUUAUAAGCAGUAAUGUAAUUUAGUUGAUGUGUUGUUUUUUUGUGUGCACAUAGGCCCCUAUAAUUUUUAAAUUAACACAAAUUUCAGUCGACACACACGUAAUAGAUUUUUCCUCGUCUAACUCAUUCUGAAAACAUUCCACGCGUUCAAUUUUUUUUUAAUCAAUAAUAGACAUUUAAUAGAUCCAUUUUGUUGUUUAAUACUUUUAAUUUUGCGCGCGCGCGCACACACACACACAAACACACACACACUUACUUACUUGUAAGGUAUAGAAAUGGCAAAAUAUUUAGGUGACAGCUUAGAUUUCGUAUCCAAGUGAACUCGCGCACUCUUCCUUAACACUCGUAUUCGCAGACGAUGCGUAUUAGUAUCAGUGAAAAGAAAAACAUAAAAAAUACUUUAAAAAAACAAAAACAAAGCUUAUUUAAGUGUAAUUGUAUCAAUUAGUUUGGAUCAGGCAUGUAAUUAUAUGUACGAAUGACCUAGACAUAUAAACACUAGCGGAUCCAGAACUUUGGAGUGGGGGGGGGAGCGAUUUUUUUCGGUUAAAAUAUCAAUAACAAGUUUUAAUUAUAUAGAUAUUUAAUUGAUUAUGUUGACAAGCUGUGAUUUCUACAAAUAAUUUGGACCGCCCCCCCACUCGAAAGUUUAUGGUGAGGGUGGGGGGUGCGGAAUUGAUGCCAUCGCCACCUCCCCAUCCUACCAACUCGGCCAACAUACUAGAGAGGGGCGAAAUAAUCUAAAAAUAGGUUGAAAUAUAAAUAAUUAGUAUACAUUAUUAACAAAACUAAUAAAUUCGUAUACACAUUGUGUGAUGUCUUUACCAAAAUUCGUCCUCCCCCCUCCCUUCGGGUCGAGUGGGGGGCUCGAUCUCUCCUACUGCCCGCCCUGGAUCCGCCAGUGCAUAUAAAUUUGUGAGAUAGAAAUAUUUUUACCACUUGUUUUUGUUUCUCAGUGCGCUAUGAUUCCUUGUCUGGACAGUUGUGAAAGAGGGAGGGAAGAAGGGGGUAUCUUGGUGAAUGUUUACAUGAUCGUUUUUUAAAUGUAUACAAAAAAAAUGUUCACUCAGGGCUCAAGAUUCCUCAAGGGGACUAAGUCAACGUAUGCCACCACAUCUGUCAAGUCCUUUGUUCAAGAUACCAAACAAAAUAAUUAAUUACCAAUAGCUAAUUAACUAAUAGGUUAUUUCUAAAUUGAUUCUUGUGUUGUCAGGUACAAGAAAUAAUUGUGCAAAAAUUCAGCUUAGGCCUAAUCCGAGAUUGGGUGUGGGAGAAAUAACGUGUACAAAUUUUUUUACAAUACAGACGGACAGAGUGCGUUGAUAUAAACUUUGUAAAAAAAAAAGAAAGAAAGAAAGAGAGAGAGAGAGAGAGAGAGAGAGAGAAUACGAUAUGACAGAAACUUAAAAUAUAUUUAGUAUUAAACAAGACGAGUCAAGCUUCCAUUCAAUCUCUUAUUGUCAGGUUCGUUUGAAUUAUCUUGCGUGUUCAGUAAGACUUCUUGCAGUGAGUUCACAGCACCAUGGUAAAUUAACCGAAAGAAGUUGGAACUCUCUAACCAGACGGGUAGACUCCGGAAUCAUGUUGGCGAAGAAGUAUUAAAAUGUCUUCUUCAAAUAGCAUUUGAAAUUCGUCUUGAUGAAGACACAUUUGGCGAAUAUUAAAUAAUACAUAUCUACUUACAAGAUGAAACACCGUCAUUAAUUAAAAUAUUUAUUGUAUUUUUUUUGGGAGGGGGGAGGGGGUAUUUCAUUAUGAAUUAAUUACGAAUCGAAGACAUUUAAUUUAAAAUUACAACAAUGAAAAUACGACAUAAUAUUUGCCAAUGAAACUAAAAACAAAUCGCGUAACAUUUGUUAACACACCACACAGUUGGGAAAUGAGAUGAAUAUAAGUUGACGAAUUAUUGAUUUACAAACUUAGAUCUAUACUUUUUUUCUUUUGUAUCAUGACAAUUUUUAAAGGUCAUGGAUUCAUUAUUGUAAUUCAGUUUUUGUUGAUUAUUAUUUUUAAACAACUGUGAUGUUAAUUUCUUUUCUGUACUAAAAAUUCAAAUUAAAAGUAGAUCUGUUGUUUCGCUAAAGAAAGUCUUUCAAAGUGUAUAAAGAAAAAAUAAUUCGAAAAUACAUGCACUCCACAAGCACGGCAUUCUGUGACAGGGUCGCUAGUGACGAAAACCAAUUAGUGAUAUCUAUGUUCAGAACUUUUGUGUCAUCAGUUCGCAGCAUUUUUUUUUUCAGCUAUUAUCGAGAUCACUAUUGCAAGCUGCCCAAGGGUCAUGUAAAAGCCAAGAGAUGGACUGUUUGUCCAAGGCUAUGUGAGAGGCAUGACGUAGGAAGCAUUUUAUAGGCAGUGUAGUUUUUAUCACCACUAAAGAUACAAAAUGGAUGAAGAAAAUAUGACGUUUAUUAGACACAAAAAAGUUUUUUUUUUUUUUUUUUAAUUUGUGAUUACAUAUUAUACAACGCCAAAAUGAUUGAUUCUCAAAUACAUGAAAGACAUCAUCAGAACGAUUCACAAAAUGGCAUCAACAUGAUCAUUUAAUGGUAAUGUACAUGGUAUUAAGUGGCGUUCUAUCUCCAUGAAAACAAUUUUACCAGAAAUAACCCCAACUUUCAGCAACUAUACCAUGGAGACCUUAAACGUAGUUCAAAGUUAACAUUAAAGAUAUGGGUAAAAAAACAUGGUAAAAUUUAGGAAAAUUUUUUUUUGUGGUCAGAUAAAAAACCCAACAUUUUCACUAAAAUUAAAAUUAAGUGCUUUAAACUUGGAUUUAUUCAUUCAUAGAGAAUUAUAGCACUGUUAAAGACUAAUGUUGUUAUAUCAACUUAAUAACUAAUAAUUCAUAACAGGUGGACGGUGUUUUAACACAACAGGAUAAUUAUGCAAGGCUUUUGAAACCUAUCUGACGACUAAGCAUGUACAAACCGUCAAGUAAGCAAGUCAAAUAGCCGAACUGUAUAUAUAAUGUAAAAGUAUAUAUGCUCAGUUGAUAAAAGCAACAAUGAAAAUUAAAAAAAAACUGCAGUUCUAUAUCAUGUGUUAUAUUUUUGUUUCUUGAGAUUCAGUUUAUAUCUUGAAAUAAAUAAAAUCAAUCUCUUUAUUCUGUU